AUGGCAAAAGAUAAAUUCACAUUUUUCAUUCUUUUUCUUCUCAUAAAAUUAUUAAGCUAUGUUAGAACUGGUACUCUAACAGAUUGCAAUUAACUUUUGACCAAUAAGGCAUUUGAUAUAAGCAGAAGUGAAUGCAUAAUAAAUUAAGGUGCUCCAAGCAGUCAAACAAAUAAUGAAGAUGAAUUUAACCAGAAUUUAUCUGGUCUUUAAAGAAAUGAUUGCAUAGGCGCAAAAUAAAUUCUAUGCAGCUCUCAAACUAUGACAGUACUUUCAACUAAUAGUUGCAAAUCAAAUACUCUUUUUACGAUACAACCGAAUUUGAGUAGAGUUGUAUAAAAGAUUUAUCUAUAAGCUACUUUUGUGAUAGAAUCUAAAUAUCCUGCUGAUGCCACCAGUACUUAUAUAGUCAAUGAUUAACCAUUCUCACCUAGUGGCGCCUUUUAAUUAUAUUGUAGUCCUAAUUAUUUUUCCCAUAUGAGAGAAAUAAAUGCAAAUAUAAAUUCUAGUUCUCUUACCAUUUCAUUUGUACCUUAUACAGGUGCUAUUUAUAAUGCUUUUGUUAGUGGCAUUCUCCUUGCAGUUUAAUAUUGUCCUAAUUUUUGUUUAUCAUGUGAUAAUAGUGGAUGUCUAAAAUGCUCACCAGGAUAUAAUUUGUAUAAUGGUAUUUGUAAUACCUGCGAUAGUACUUGUUUAACUUGCUCAGGAUCUGGAAAUAAUUAAUGUACUACAUGCAAAGAUAAUAAUUAUUAUUUAUCUGAUAAAUAUAAUUAUUGUGUUUCAUCCUGUGAUUCAGAUUAAUAUAUUGAUUUGACUUCUUCAUAAAAAUAUUGUAGGUCUUGCAUGAGUAAAUGUUAGACUUGCACCAACUCAAAUGGCUGUUAAAAAUGCUUAACUGGCUACUAUUAUACUGGUAAUUCAUGUGCUCCUUGUGAUAAUACUUGUAAUAGCUGCUCAGGUCCUGGAAAAGACUAAUGCACUAUAUGCUAAAGUAAUUAAUAUAUUUCUGAAAAUUUAAAUAAUUACUGUGACCCAAAUUGCGACUUAACUUAAGGCUAAUUUAUAGAUUAGUCUAACCCUGAUCAAAAAUACUGUAAAAAGUGUGUUAGUAAUUGUAAAACUUGCAGUAAUUAUACUAAUUGUACGACAUGUAUGGAUUAUUAUUAUGUUUCUGGUAAUACUUGUUCUCCUUGUGACAAUUCUUGUAAGUAAUGUUCAGGACCUGGAGUUAAUUAAUGCACUGUUUGUAGAUAAUCUGCAUAUUUUAUUUAACCUGAUAAUAAUAAUAUAUGUGUUUAAUCUUGUGAUCAAAAUAAUGGCUAUUAUGUUGAUAAAAAAACUAGUCGUGUGCAAUGGUACUGUAGAAAGUGUAUCUAAUCAUGUAAAAUUUGCUCAGAUGGAAAUAGUUGUAGUACAUGCUUUGAUUAAAACUUUUUAGAUUCUUCGAACUUAUGUCAACCUUGUGAUUCAACAUGCCAAACUUGUAAUGGCACAAAAAAUACAAAUUGUAUAAUUUGUAGAUCUGGUUUACACAUGUAACUCAGCACAAAUUUAUGUGUCUAAAAUUGUGAUUCAAAUGAAUUUUUGAAUUCACUAUCAUAAUGCUAAAAAUGUGAUAACUCUUGUAAAACUUGUGAUGGCUCUUCAUCAAACAAUUGCAAAAGCUGCUAUUCGAAUUUUUACCUUUUUAAUUAAAGUUGUGUCCCUCUUUGCCCAAAUGGUUAUUCUCUAAAUACUAACACUUUUGCUUGUGAACCUUGCUAAGAUAAAUUAAGCUGUAAUAACUGCUAUAACACUUGCUAAUUAUGUACUCUAGGAUAAAUUUAAUCUCAAUAAUGCAAUACUUGUUAUAUCGAAACAAUGAAAUUAGAUUCAAAUAAAAAGUGUGUUUGCCUAAAUCCAAAAGACAAUAGAAAUUUAUUUUACUAAUGCAGUUAUUAAAACAUAGCUGUCUUAAAUGCCAGCUUAAGUGAAAGCAUUCCUUAAUUAAUUAUUGAUUUUGGCUCACCAAUAAAGCAGAUAGUAAGUACUCCAAAUUAAUUAUGCAAGUAGGUAUUUGAGGAUUAAACUUUUGCUUUGCUAGGAUCUGAUUGUACAUGUACAAUUACCGAUAGUUAAUUUAUAGUGUCUUUGACCAACUCUUCGAGUAUUAUUGAGAAUAAUCUUAUAAAUUUCAAACCUGGAAUCUUGCAGUUUUAGGAUUAUAAUGUUUUUAUAGACACAUUUUAUAGAAAUGUAGUUUACUAAAAUAAGACUGAUAAUCCUAUCCUAUAAUUUCAAAAUAAUUUCAUAGAAAACACAUGUAAUCCUGUAAUUAUCUCUCUAAUUGAGUUAAAGAAUGACGCAGGCAGAGGUUUUUUUAAUUUAACAUGGUCAUUAGAGGAAAUGACUGGAAUUAUAAGAGAUGAUUAGAUCUAAAGCAUUAAUCAAAUAAUGAGAACAGCAAGCUUAAAUUUAAAUAGGAUUUUAAUUUUAGACCCCUCAAACCUACCUCCUAAUCAAAAUAUUAGAAUAAAAUUUAGCUAUUUACUAAAAGUCAACAAAGCUGGUUAACAAAUGUUUAAAAUAUUUUACAAAAAACAAAAGAUAAUUAGGAUAAAUUAUUAGCAAUCAAUUUAUCCACCAAUCUAUAGGUACAAGAGCUUGAGUUUCUACUUUUAGUUUUACAUUGAAGCAUGUGAAUUUGGAAACAAUACAUAUUUUAAUGAGCCAACUGAUUUAUAAAUAGUUUCUCCUUAGCUAACUUAAAUAGAGCAAAAUAUUAAAAGCUAUAAUUAAUCUAGUUUUUAAUUGGACAUACCUCCUUACUCAUUACCAUCAAAUAAAACUUUUAAUAUGAGCAUUUCUCUUAGAAUUAAAAUAUUUACUAUUCUUAAAAAAAUUUAGCUGAUUUUAAAUCUUACAUCUGAUAACAGCAUAAGCUCUACAAAAAAUAUAUCGAUUGAUGUACUCAUUUCGAAUUUAUAUUUGUCUAUAGUUGGAGGAUCUAAUUUUAUAGUUAGUUAUCAAAAAUAAUUUGAUUUGGUAUCAGAUUUUAGAGAUUAUGAAGUUCAAGAUCAAACUUCCCUUUUAGGUGUCACUUUUACAUGGCAGUGCAAGAGUUUAUCAACUGAUGAUCACAUUUGCUAUGAUUACAAUCAUGAAAAAGUUUAAAUAAAUCAAGGAAUAAGUUCAAUCUCUUUCCCUGAAAGAAAUUUCUAGCCCUAUAGCAUCAUAGUGUUAACGAUAGACGGAUAAAAAAAAUAAAGGUCAGCUAAUUUUUCAGCCACUUGUAUUUUUACAGAAUUAGAUAUUCCUCCAUUAACUGUUUUAUCUCCACCACAGCAGUAAAAUCAGAAAAUAAAUCUGAAUCAAGAUCUUAACUUUGUUAUUCAAUACGACUCCACCAUCUCUUCAGAUAUUUUAUCAUAUGCUGGAGCUUUGUUGUAUAAAAAUAAAAUUGUUGGAGCCAUAAAAUUUGAUUACUAUUAGGUAAAAUUUAGAAUAUGGAACUACUUUUAAAAUAUAGAUCCUUCUGUUCCAACUGUUUAAGUACGUUUUUCUGUUUACAACCCAUCUUAUGUUAUGCCAAGCUUAUCAACAAUUAGUCUUUUAAUUAAUCUUCCUCCUAAAAAUUGCAUUCUUUCUAUAAGUCCAAACCAAGGAGUAGCUCUCUAGACAAUUUUUUCUAUUUAAUUCUCAAAUUGUGUUGAUGAAGAUUCUCCAUUAACUUACUAGUUCUUUUACUAUAAUAGUCAAGCUGAUUUUGAACAAGAAAGAGAUUCACCUUGGAAUAUUUCAAGAAGAUAAAUAAAAGAUUAAACAACUAGCUAUGUGAUGAACACUACUCUACCUCAAGGAAGUUUAGUUAUAAUGAGCCAAGUAAUGGAUUCUUAACUUGGAAUUACUAAUAGCACUUAAAUUAUUCAAGUUAGUGGACUAAAUGAAACAGAAGAUAAUUAUUAUUAACUUGUGGACUAACUUAUAAAGUAAGCUUUAUAAAAUUCUCAAUCAUACAAUGACUAAAUAGUUUCUUUGAGUAUUAUUGGAGAAGAUUUAAGCAAAAACAUACAAUUUUAGGAUUCUUAGAAAAUCAAUGAUCUUAAAGCAUAAUUAAUUUAGAAUUUGUAGGAAAAAUCAUUUUAAUUACCCUAAUUUUCUCUUCUAUCAACUUAUGCAAAUAAAGUAAUUGCAUAAUUACAGUAAACACUCAUGACUUCAAAAGAAAAUUAGAAAAGCUCAAUUUAUAAUCAACUACAAAGAAUCAUAAAAAACACAUAAUCAAGUAUAUAAAAUAACAACGCAAGCUCACUUUAACAAAAUAAUGACAUCCAUAUGCAAAAUCUGAUAGAUUCUUUUAAAAUUUUAAAUUCCACAGUCAAUUAAGGUAGCUCUAUGUUAGAUUUUGAACAUUAUAACAAUAUAUCUUUCCAAAUAGGAAAUAUGCUUUCUAACAGCACACUUCCGAAUUAAGGGUAACUUAUAUUAGAAGGUAAUCUAUCUACAAUACUUUCUGACACAAUAACUCAAAAAAAUAUAGAUAGAUAUGCACUACCAUAUAAUGACUCAGAUUCUUAAAAUUAGACAAAUCAAUUUAAUAUAGUUAGAAACACAUAUUAAUAAAAUAUUUAUGAAAACACAACAAAUUUUCAAGAAUAUGUGAAGCAAUAUGAGAAUAUUAGUUCGAAUUUUUAGUAUUCAAAGAAUAAAGUAAUAACUACUACAAUAAAUAGUACAGGCUCUAAAAGCUUAAUGAAUUAUUCCAGAGUGACAUACUUAUUUAAUAAUGCAGUUUCUAACAAAAAAUAUAAUAUGACUUGCUUAUAAUAAAAUGAUGUAAAAUGGUCUAAAAAAGAUUGCAGUAUCUUAAAAUUAGAUGAUAAUAACUUCAUGUGCUUGUGUAAAUCAUAGUCUCCUACAACUAUUAUUGAAGAUAUAGAUGACAUGUUUUAAUAGAAUAAAAACUUAGAUACAGUAUUAGGAGAAUAAGGAGUAUUAAACAUACUAAAAUUUAAAGAGUUCUACUUGUAUGCAUCCUUUUGGAUUCUCUUAACUUUUACUGCGCUUGAAAUUUUUUUGCUUAUUUUAGGAAAAUACUUAGAUCGCAAAACAAGAAAAAAAAUUAUGUCAUAAAUUUAUCCAGAAGAGUAAAUUAAUUAACAAUAAAAAGAUUAAGAACACUAAGAAUAAGCUCUCCCAAAAAUAGAAUUAGAGAACGAAGAUUAAUAACCUAAGGUAUCACCAUCUACUCCACCUUAAGAAAAUUAGCGUAUUCCAAGUUUAUUUUUACAAAUUGAAGAGCUUUCAAAAUCUCCAAAAGAAAUAUAGUCUUGCUAAUCAAGUUAAAAAACUUAAAAAGCGCUUUUUGUUAGACGUUAAAAGGCUAAGUUUUAGCAAUUAUAAGUUUAAGAAAAAUAGCCACAGGGUAGUUUAAAUAGCUUAUCUUAAAACCAAAUUGUUGAUAAUUAACUUUAAAUUUUUAAAUAGCCAAGUACAUUUGAUUAAGAUGAAAAUCAUUAACACUCUAUCUAAAAAAUAUCAUAAAAUGAAAUAAAAGAAAUUUAAGAUCACCACUUAAAAGCAAAGCAAUAAAUCGUUUUUGAAAAAGUUUCUUUCUUCAAUAGGAUAAGGUAAGUUUGGAAAAUAUAUAUCUGUAGUUUUUUAAAUUGGACUAAGUUUGAUUUAUCUUUACAUAAUAUUGGCAAUAUCGAGCGGAAAAUCUGUAAGCGAGUCAAAUGA